GUAAUGAAACGCAACGUUUGUUUCAGGUUUUAGAUUUGCAAUUUGCUUUAAUCAUUUUUGAAUUUUGUCUGCUUUUUAAUUCCAUUUGUUUGUUUUUUGGAGUUUCAGAAUGUAUUCAUUAUUUGAUUAAAUUAUAUAUAAUUCUGUUCAGUACACUUUUACAUUGAUUUUAAAGAACGAUAGUUUAGUUAUGUCUGGAAGAAAUCGUGGGCCACCGCCUAUUCCGAUGAAAGGGCCGCCUCAUGCUGGAUUGCUGCCGCCGGUGCACGAACAUCCUUAUGCUAGAGGCCUAGGACCAAUGCCACCACACCCAGUUUUACUGGAUGAAAUAAGAGAACCCCAAUUUGUGUUGGGUCCUAGAGGGUUUCCUCCUCAUCCAGCUAUCAUUGAGGAGCGUCUUGGAGUUCAACUGCAAGAAAUUCAAGCCCUCCUGGCGGAUAAUCAAAGGCUGGCAGCGACUCAUGUUGCGUUAAAGCAGGAAUUGGAGGCUGCUCAGCAUGAGUUAAAACAGAUGUCUCAUUAUGCAGAUUCGUUGAGGGCGGAGAAGGAUGUUCAGAUGAGAGAGAUGUACGAGAAGUCGGUUCGGUUGGAGGCUGAUCUUCGUGAACUGGAGGCUAUGCGAGCUGAGCUUGUUAAGGUUAAUGGUGAUAUUAAGCAGCUUAGUGCUGUGAAGCAGGAUCUAACGGGUCAGGUUCAGGUUAUGAGUCAAGAUUUGACAAGACUUACUGGGGAAUUGCAACAGGCUCCUGUUCUGAAGGCUGAGAUUGAAAAUUUGAAACAGGAAUUGCAACGUGCAAGAGCUGCCAUUGAAUAUGAGAAGAAAGGAUAUGCGGAAAAUUAUGAACAUGGUCAGGUGAUGGAGAAGAAAUUGAUCUCAAUGGCUCGGGAGUUGGAAAAGCUUCGUGCAGAAGUUGCUAAUGCAGAAAAAAGAACUCGCGCUGGUGGUGGCACUGGUGCUAAUCCUGCUGUAUCUGGUUAUAAUGCAAAUUAUGGAAACCCUGAAGCUGGAUAUACUGGAAAUACUUAUCAUGUCAACUAUGGCAUGAAUCCUGUUCAGGGUGGUGUGGAUGUUUAUCGUCAGUAUGGUCCUGCUUCUGGUUCCUGGGGUGCAUAUGACAUGCAGAGAGCUCAAGGACAUCGCUAGUUUGAUUUUCCAAAUCAUGCUAAGAUGAUUCAUCUGUGAAGCAAAUUAUUGAGAAUAGAGGAGUUUGUCUUGGGUUGUAAAUACCUCAUCAAUGCCUUUAUUACGUGAAAGUGAGGUCAAGAGAAACUUGAGCUUUGUUAAGGGAUAUCAUCCAUGUCUUGUUCGAUUUGAAAAAAAUGUGACUUAAGUGCUGGAAGAAGCUUAUUCAUCGCGUAGGUAUGCGACAUAUUGCCAAGACAUGGCCAUCAAUGAUGAUGCAAGAUGGUUUUUCUGGUCAAGUUUACAAACUUGUACCCAGCAAAUUGUCUGCUUCAGCAACUAUCCGUUGAUGUCUGAGUUCCAUGAGGCAAGCGGCUGACUCUGGAAGGGACCGGAGGAGCUCAACAUAGGGAAGUGCUCGAUCGGAACCUGGGAGCAGCUGAAGGCUGAGUUGAAGGCUCAGUUCUUACCUGGUAAUGUGUCGUGGAUGGCACAUCGGUCCUUAAUGAAUAGAGACAGAACAGAGCAAUCUCAUUGUUUAUUCCUUGCCAGUUGCCACUCAUCUCAACAAAAUCACCUAAACUGUGAUUUUUACUGCCUCUGCGAAUAAAAAGCAUAUAUAUAUACAAGCUCAACUAUAACUUUACAUAUACUUUCUGAUCUUCAAUAGGUUAUUCAGGGCUUCUUGUUUACAUCUUAUAAAAAAUCGGGUCCUGUUCUUUGAUACUCAUACAUUAACACCAUUUUUGAAGCACUGGAUUUGCUCUUUAAUCUCCAAUGAUUCUAGCUGUUGAUGCAGAGAAUACAGAUCUACUUAUGGCUCGUAAUAGCUUAGAUCUGGGGAAAUAACUAUUUUAGUAGUUUCUUAAAAAGAAAAGUUCUAGGUCCUAAAGUAGAAGUCAUACCAUGAUAUUCUUUAACAACUUAGACCAUUUUAUUAUAUUUUUAUUAUAUAAUGUAAUUUAUAAUAUAUAUGUACUAAAUUGUAAAAUGCAAUAAACCACCUAAAAGGUGCUAAAAGUUGGUCA